AUGAGCCCAGAGUUGAAAAACACCUGGACUCCUGCGGUCAAUGUCUUGACCUGGUUCAUGUUGGUGACGGCUAUUCUGAGCCUCUUGACCCGUCUCGGGACAAAAUAUUUUAUUUUUCGGAAGUGGACAUUUGACGAUGGCCUUGCGACUACUUCUCUGGUGUUCUGCAUUGCGCAGUCAAUUGCUGUUUCGAUGGCUACGAAGAAUGGACUUGGACAGCACCUUCACAUGCUGUCCGAUCUCCAAAUUGAAAGCAUAAUGAAGGCUGAGUACUCCGCUACCAUUCUAUUCAUCCCCAGCAUUUGCUUCUCGAAACUAUCGCUUUUGGUCUUCAUUCGCAACUUGACUCCCGCAUCCUUGGAUCGCCGCUUUGCGCUCGUGUUGGGAAUAAUCAUCGGGAUAUGGACGAUUGUCGGAAUUUUCACGGCCGCCUUCCAAUGUAAUAUACCGCAGACAUGGAAUUUUCUAAGUGGCACUUGCUUCAAUCGAGUAGCAUGGUGGAAUUAUCUCGGCAUCACGAACAUCUUGUCAGAGGCUGGGAUAAUAGGCCAAGCGCUUUUGGUUAUCGUUCGUAUCCAGACCGAUUUCAGCAGAAAGGCUGGUUUGUCCAGUGUAUUCCUGGUCCGAAUCAUUGUAAUUAUCGCGAUUAUUUUCCAGCUUGUUUACGCCACUGAAACUUCCGAGGGCGAUUACACUUAUGAUGCCUGGACCCUCACAAUUUCUACCCAAGUGGCCCAAUGCGUGAGCAUCGUCACUGCCUGCUCCCCUCAGUUCAAACCUUUCUUGGAUAGUCUCCAGUCAUCGGGAAUGGGGUUUGGUAUGACGAGCUCCAACAAUCACGGCAGCAAACAGAAAACAUAUGGCACCACAUUCAAGACCUUCCGUCGCACUGCGGAUACUCAAAGCGAGACUCACGAAUUAGUCUCGGUGUCCCACGAAGGGACGAAUCAGACUCUGGUGACCUCCGCUCCGGAUGAAGAUGCCGAAAGCCAGUCCAGUCGUGCUAAUAUAAUUAUGGAGACGCGGACGUGGACAGUCACUGAAGGGUUGCCAAAUUGA